AUGUACUGUAAGACUUGGUUACUGGUUAGUCUCUUCAUCCUGCUUAAUAUCCUAUUGCUGUUUUUCACCGCAAGAACCCUCGAAAGACAGAAAUGGCUGAAGCUCAAUGUUGUUAUCCCUCAAAACUACAAAUUUAUCCUCGACUUGCCAGAGAAGUGCCAGCAACAGGAGCCCUUUGUGGUGAUUAUUGUGCCGGUGGCCCCGGAGAACAUCGAGGCACGCAAUGCCAUCAGGACAACGUGGGGGAAUGAGGGGCUCGUCCGGGAUAAAAUCGUGCUGGUUUUGUUUCUUCUAGGCUCACGAAGUGGGAAUGAAACAUUGCAGGAGCAACUCCAGAAUGAAAGCCAGCAACAUGGAGAUCUUCUGCAGAGCAGCUUUCAGGACACCUACAGGAACCUGACAGUUAAAACGUUGGUGAUGAUGGAGUGGCUCAGCAGAAAGUGUCCACAGGCUUCAUACGCCGCAAAAGUGGACGCCGAUGUGCUCCUCAACGUGAAAAACCUAUUGUAUAUGCUUGUGAGUCUUAACACACUAGAGCGUAACUACAUUACUGGCUUAGUAUUGUCUGUAAACAAUGUGAUGAGAGAUCCUACCAGCAAAUUUUACAUCCCUCAUGACGUGUAUCCCAGAUCCAGAUAUCCUCCGUAUCCUCAGGGCAUGUGUUACAUCUUUUCCAUGGACUUGCCGGAGAAGAUCCUACACAUCUCGAGGUUUGUGAGGCCUAUUUUUAUUGAGGACGCGUAUAUUGGCAUGUGCUUGAGGCGUUUGGGAAUUAGGCCUGAGAAACUGAAUUUUGGGCAGUUUUUAAUCAGACCACCUGAACAUUUGGAUCGCUUUUAUUAUUCUGGACUAAUAGCAAUACUUACGCAGAGUCCAUCUCAGCUGAUUUCAUAUUGGAUGGAUGUUCAAUCAUCCAACAAACUCUGUUGAACUCAAAAAUACAUUUUUUAUUUAUUUUCCUUUGGCUUAGUCUCUAUUUCAGAGGCUUGCACAGUUGAAUGAACGGCCAAGUAUUUUAGCAUAUGUUUUACGCAGCGGAUGCCCUUUCAGCUGCAACCUAGUACUGGGAAACACCUAUACUCUGAAGCACCCACACAUACAUGGGACAAACAUGCAAACUCCAUCAUGAAAUGCCAACUGGUCCAGCCGGGACUCGAACCAGUGACCACCACUGAGCCACCAUAUCACCCCUUCAAAAAAUACCCCAAUAAAAUUGCAAUUGGAGCAAAUGUUGUAUAUUUAAGAAGACAAUACUAUUGUUUUUCUCUCUAAUUUUAGGUUUAAAUGUUAAGUUUAAUGUAUAACAUGCUGUUUCUUUUUUAAUGUACUCUGAAUUUCUGUUUAUACACCAUUUCUUCAGUAUAGUAAAAGGAACUGUGGAUUUAUUUUAAAUAAAAACGACAUAUUUGUAUUACCCGAUAGCUUAAAAUAAAUGUUAAUUAUGAUAAAUUUGCAUCCUGAUUGAAACACUGCUUCUAUAAACUGGAAGUGUAAAAUACUGCUUUCUUUACAUUAUAACCCUCUAUUAAAAUGAUAGUUUAAUGUAUGACAAUGUAUGUCUAAAAAUGAAAAUGUCUUCAUCCUUUACUCACACUCAAGUGCUUCUAAAGUUUUUAAGUUUCUGUUUUCUUGUUGAACACAAAGCAAGAUGCUCUGAAGAAAAUUGGAAAGCAGCUGGCUUUGAAAUCUAUAGUAGGAAAUAAAUUCUAUAUAUAAUGGAA